GCUAAUAGCUGCUGCAUGGUCAGUCUGAUUGUUUCCCAUGUUUUUCAGGAUUCGAUAAACGCUCUGGUCCUGGAUUUGGACUACCCGGCACUACGAAAGAACAAAAACAUUGAGACCUUCUUAAACAGAUAUGAGAACAUUAUCAGGGAGCUUCGAAAUCUUCAGAUGAAGUCUGAAGACUUUGAAAAAGUUAAAAUCAUCGGGCGAGGGGCGUUUGGUGAAGUCCAGUUGGUCCGACACAAACCGUCCCGGAAAGUUUACGCCAUGAAGCUGCUGAGUAAGUUCGAGAUGAUCAAGCGCUCCGACUCGGCGUUCUUCUGGGAAGAGAGAGACAUCAUGGCCUUUGCAAACAGUCCCUGGGUUGUACAGUUGUGCUGUGCCUUCCAAGACGAGCACUACCUCUACAUGGUGAUGGAGUACAUGCCAGGAGGGGACCUGGUCAACCUCACCAGCACCUACGACGUUCCCGAGAAAUGGGCCAAGUUCUACGCAGCAGAGGUGGUGAUGGCUCUGGACUCAAUCCACUCCAUGGGAUUCAUCCACCGCGACAUCAAGCCGGACAACAUGCUGCUGGACCAACACGGACACCUGAAGCUGGCCGACUUCGGGACCUGCAUGAAGAUGGACUCUACGGGGAUGGUCCAUUGCGACACAGCCGUCGGCACUCCGGACUACAUCUCUCCAGAGGUGCUGAAGUCUCAGGGAGGAGAUGGGUUUUACGGGAGGGAAUGCGACUGGUGGUCCGUAGGCGUCUUCAUUUUCGAGAUGCUUGUGGGCGACACUCCAUUCUAUGCCGACUCUUUGGUGGGAACGUACAGUAAGAUCAUGGACCACAAGAACUCCCUAAACUUUCCCGACGAUGUGGACAUCUCCAAAGAUGCCAAGAGUAUAAUCUGUGCCUUCCUGACUGACAGAGACGUACGGUUGGGCAGAAACGGAGUGGAGGAAAUCAAACGGCACCCGUUCUUCAAGAACGACCUGUGGACGUUUGACACCAUCAGGGACACUGUCGCCCCGGUGGUCCCGGAGCUGAGCAGCGACAUAGACACCAGUAAUUUUGACGAGAUCGAAGACGACAAAGGCGAUGUCGAAACAUUCCCCACACCUAAGGCUUUUGUCGGAAAUCAGCUACCGUUUGUUGGCUUCACCUACUUCAAAGAGGACCAGUUGUUAAAUUCUGCCAACAAUUCCUCAGUGGCACACGAUAACGCCAAAGGAGAGUCAGCUGCGCUUCAGAAGAAACUUCACCAUCUGGAGCUUCAGAUGAAUAAAGAUAAACAUGUCAAAGAUGAACUAGAGAACAAAUGCAGAGCUGCAACCGUCCGCUUAGAAAAAAUAACCAAAGAACUUGAGGAAGAGGUGAGCAGCAGAAAGAGCCUGGAAUCAAAUCUGAGGCAGCUGGAGCGAGAGAAGGCCCUGCUGCAGCACAAAAGUCUGGAGAGCCACCGGAAGGCCGAGAACGAGGCCGACAGGAAGCGCUGCCUGGAGAACGAAGUCAACAGCCUUCGAGACCAGCUGGACGACAUGAAGAAAAGAAAUCAAAACUCGCAUAUUUCCAACGAGAAGAACCUUCACCUGCAGAAACAGCUGGAAGAAGCCAACACGCUGCUGCGGGCCGAGACAGAAGCGGCGACGAGGCUCCGCAAAGCUCAGACGGAGAGCAGCAAGCAGCUGCAGCAGCUGGAGGCCAACGUGCGCGAGCUGCAGGAUAAAUGCUGCCUGCUGGAGCGCAGCAAGCUGAGCCUGGAGAAGGAGUGCAUCAGCCUGCAGGCGGCGCUGGAGUCAGAGAGGCGGGAGCACAGCCAAGGCUCAGAGACCAUCACUGACCUGAUGGGACGUAUUUCUGGGCUGGAGGAAGAAGCUCGCCAGCAGAGACAGGCUCUGGCCAAAGCUGAGACUGAGAAGAGGCAGCUUCAGGAGAAAUACACUGACCAGGAGAAGGAGAUGAGCAACAAAGAGAUAGAGCUGACCUACAAACUAAAGGUUCUGCAGCAAGAGCUGGAGCAGGAGGAGGCCUCGCAUAAAGCCACCAGAGGUCUGCUGGCAGACAAGAGCAAGAUUAAAGUGACCAUCGAGGGCGCCAAGUCCGAGUCCAUGAAGGGUAAGGUCUGCUUUACACGGUCAGUCGGAUCUUAAAGCAACGCUUGA